AUGAAACAAAAACAUUAUGCAUGUCUUCAAGAACAGAAUCCAACAACUUCACCAUUUUUGGUGGUUAAUACCAACUCCAAAAUCCAAAUUGAUCUAAUAAUCUCAGCACUAUAUAAAGAGUAGAGUUUGAACUCAUUUGCAUAUCAUCACAAGAAUUAUAAUCUUUUGAGUUCUACAAGCAAGAGAAGUUCUUCAUACCUAACUCUCCAACAUAAUCAUGAGACAAGCAUCUUUUCCUGCCUUCCUUGCAACAGCGAUCAUCGUAGUGCAUUUUGUGGCAUUUAGGUCUGCAGCUGUCACUGCCAAUGUCGGGGCACAUGAGCCAGUCCUUGAAUUUUAUAUGCACGACAUUCUUGGCGGUGCCAGCCCAACGGCGAGACCGAUAACUGGUCUGCUAGGGAACAUAUACACUGGUCAAGUACCCUUUGCAACACCUAUAGGGUUUCUUCCCCCAGAUGGUGGUGUAGCGAUCCCAAAUGCCAAUGGUGCUCUCCCUACUGUGAAUGGCAUCAAUGGGAUCCCUCUAGGGACUGGCUUGUCUGGCACUUCUUUCGCUGGAAAUCCCAACCCACAAAAUGUCCCCCAGACCCAACUGGGACCUGAUGGGUUGGGGCUAGGCUUUGGAACAAUUACAGUCAUCGAUGACGUCUUGACCACCUCGCCAGAGUUGGGCUCGCAGUCAAUUGGCCAGGCACAAGGGGUGUAUGUGGCUAGUUCGGCUGAUGGAACUACACAGAUGAUGGCAUUUACAGCCAUGGUUGAAGGAGGAGAAUAUGGUGACAGUCUCAACUUCUAUGGAGUAUUCAGGAUUGGUAGCCCCUCGUCGCAUUUGUCAGUGACUGGAGGAACUGGCAAGUUCAAGAAUGCACGUGGUAUUGCAGAGGUGCGAUCCCUCAUUCCUCCGGGCCAGCACGUGGCAGAUGGAGCAGAAACAUUGCUGAGGGUCCUUGUACAUCUAACCUACUGAAAACCAGUGUGGUGAACAAAGAACAACGCAAUAUAUGUGUGGUGAUGAAUGCAACCAUGGUCUGUAGUUUCUAUCAAAUGCAGCUGCAAGUAAAAAAAUGUAAUCCAGUUUUAUGAAAUUUAUAUAUUUCUCAGUUGUAAUUCUGUUGUGAUCAUAUCAUGAGUGAAUUCAGUUGAAUUUUAUGAUAAA